ACUAAAGAAAAUGCCUCAAAGAAGUAUGCUAAAUUCUGAUGUGAGUCAGGCCAAAACGAAUGGCGCUGGGUCCCACUUGUCCAGCGCAGUUAUGCAGGGCCUGCGUUCGGAGUGUUCCGCUGUAUGGUUUAACUGUGGGGUUUUUGAGGUUGCAGAGAGCCACUACUACAUCAGGCUUCAAGAGCGCCAGAAUGGGACUAUGGCUGCCCCAAGUACCUCAGCUUGCCAGCUCAACCACAAUGCCUCCUUAACCAAGGCCACUGUUGAUCAAGGUGAAAACAAUAUUAAAACCAAAUCCUCUAAACGGGCAUCACGCAAGAAACGCUCUCCAUCUAAAACCUCUGCUUCUCCGGUAUCAAGACCUGCCAACGGGCUGCCUUUUGUGCCUGCAGCGCUUCAAGGGGUAUGGCUGCAGAAACCUAUUUAUGACCAGGCAGAGGCAGCUUUCUAUCAGAACCUGUACCGCCAGAAUGAGCCCCAUUCUGCACCCAGUAAAGAACAAGCUGGCAAGCACCCAAGUAACAAUAACAUCACUAAUAAAGCCAAGUCUGACAGGACAAAGGAGAAGGUACCUCGGAAUGGUGGCAUCAAGAAAGAAGGUGGUACGCAGUGCCACUUCCUGCAUGCAGGCAGUGAGAGGGUGUGGCUAGAGCGCACUAGCUAUGCUGAGGCGGAAACUCGUUUCUACGAAGGCAUAGUGGCCAAAACCAGCCAAACUGCUCUAAUCGGCUGUAGCCCUUCACUGAAAAUGAGUGGAGUGGACUGCUGGACUCAAGAGAGGAUAUGGUUCGACAAGCCUCGGUAUGAUGAGGCUGAACGCAAGUUCUAUGAGAGGAUGAAUGGUCCCACACCAGCCACACAGAAGGACUCGGGAUCGAACAGUAUUCUUCAAGACAUUGCCCGCGCACGAGAGAACAUCCAGAAGUCUCUUGCUGGGUUGAAGACCACCCUGCAUCCAGCUACAAGCACUACCCAAAAAUCCCCAAAUCCCUCCCACAGUUCCACUACUACAGGAGGUAGUAAUGCUGACCAUGGUGAAAUCCUUACACGCAUGAAGAAUCUGGAGUUGGAAAACCAGAGUCUACAUAAAGUGGUGGAGGACUUGCGUUCCGCUCUCUCUAAACUGGAGAGUCGAGUCUCUGUCCUGGAAAAAAGGCCAGCAGCUCCAGCAGCAGUUGUUAACGGAACUGCUUCCAAUAAAGCCACUCCACCUCCCCAGAAAACACCUGCUGCACCAUCCAAGAAUGAUGAUGAUGAUGACGAUGACGACGAUGACGAUAUUGACCUGUUUGGUAGUGAUGACGAGGUGGAUGAGGAGGCAGAGCGAAUCAAAGAGCAGCGACUACAGGAAUAUGCUGCUAAAAAAGCCAAGAAACCUGCACUUAUUGCUAAAUCCUCCAUCCUGUUGGAUGUAAAACCUUGGGAUGACGAGACUGACAUGGCAAAACUGGAGGAGUGUGUGAGGUCAGUACAGGUCGACGGUUUGCUAUGGGGAGCCUCCAAACUGGUACCGGUUGGUUACGGUAUUAAGAAGCUACAGAUCAACUGCGUGGUUGAAGAUGACAAGGUGGGAACAGAUCUACUGGAAGAAGAGAUCACCAAGUUUGAAGACUAUGUCCAAAGUGUGGAUGUUGCAGCCUUCAACAAAAUUUAAAGCACUUGCAAAUACCUGCUGCACUUAUUCGUACAUGCUAUUGAUGAAAUGACAGUUGACAAUAAAGAGCUCUGACUGCAA